GCGCACGCGGUUGUCCUGGCAACCGCGGCCAUGGUGGCGUUGCUGUCUGCGUCGAGCUGCUCUGGGCCGCGCGAGGAGCCGGCUGGCUCGCCAGAGUCGUCUGGCACCACCAGGACGCCGGUGCCCACCGUGUCGUCCGUGUCCCCCGAGCUUCCCGUCUCGCCAGGGCAGGGUGCAGAGCCUCCCGGCAAGAACCUGUGGGAGCAGAUCUGCGAGGAGUAUGAAGCUGAGCUGCCUCCCUUUCCAGAGGGAUAUAAAGUGAAACAAGAACCAAUGGCUCCUGUUUCACCAUUGGAGGAAAUGGUUUUCCAUGGCUUCAACACAGACCACUUUUUUUCACUUCCCCAUAUUGCCAUGCUCCCAACUGUACCCUGCUCUCAAGUUAAACUGGAAACAAGUGAUUCAAAAACAUGUUCCCCCAAAGAAUAUUUGGAAACUUUUGUCUUUCCAGUUCUUCUCCCUGGACUGUCUAGCCUGCUUCACCAAGCAAAGAAAGAAAAAUGUUUUGAGAGAAAAAGAACCAAAUUCAUUGCCUGUGAUUUUCUGACCGAGUGGUUAUACAAUCAAAAUCCAAAGAGGAUAGGCGAACCGUUCACAGAAUUCUUCUCCAUUCCAUUUGUGGCUGAGUGGCUGAAGCACCACCCUCGGCCGCCAAUCCCACUCUCCCUUCUGUUCCUAGAAGAGGAUGCUGCGCUCUACAUUCAGUCCUUCUGGAGGGGUUAUCUGGUUCGCUGCCGCCCUGAGAUUCAAGAACUGCGUCAGUGGCAGAAGAAACUGCGUGAGGACAAAUACAUUCGCCAGCGCGUCAGAACGUUCUGGACCAAACAAGAACAAAAAGUGAAAUGCAAAAUGGAGGAUGAUGAGGAAGUUGCAGCCAAGAUCCUACCAUCUUAACCACUGUCGAUAUCUUUUCCAUUCCAAGAUCCAAUUACCCCAUGAGUCAAAUGUGCAAAUUACGCCUCUGUUGUGUGACAAGAUUUGGUACACGUGAGAAUGGAGUAUUCUCCACGUAGACAGGGAGGGUUGAUUGCCUACAUGUUUCAGUGCAAAUAGUUUCUUAUAAGAAAGUGCCAGUCUUAACUUUCUGCACUGUCCCCAAAUUUUAUUCUUUCAUCCAGAUAGUUUUCCGGUGCUUCAGGAGCCUUUUACACUACCCAUCUUUGAAAUGAACAGCGAACUCUAGUUCUCACAGAUGAUGAAACACGCUUGUUACCAGUUUCCCCACUUACAGAUGCUUUGGCAAAGAUCCACAUUUUCAUUUCAAUCCCAAGCCUCUGAACUGGGUUUUUAAGUUUACCUGGUGACUCUUCUUUUCAUAUGAAAAAAAGGCAUUAUUGCUUAUUAUAAUUUCCAAAGGAACUGGCCCUUAACUUUUUAUGCAAACCCAGUAAGAUGAGACAUUUAAACACAGGUGACAAAAACAAGGAAAGGACUCUUUUUCUGCCUAGCUCCCAAAGUGUUAUCGAAAGCUCUGCAUCUUAUGGGUAAGUUAACUUCUUGCCCUUGUUUGUUGUUAGGUUUCCUGAUCCAGGAUCCCCCCAUUCAGAAUGCCACGUCCUCGGCCUUGAGGCAGAUCGGAAAGCCUCGCAGCUGUGUUGGGCUGUUUUGACACGCUACCACACAUCUUAAGUAAAUAGUAAAGCCUUUAUUUCUGUGUUAAGAACAGCAUUUUGAAAAUAAAACCUAUCUGCCCAUGCUUUACAACCUCUUACAUUUGUCAUAUUUAUAUAUACAGUCAUUUAGGGUGCAUAUUGAUUGUCUUGCUAUGUCUUUAGCAAUUUCUUUUAUAAGUAUGCCACAGCCAGCCAGGGGAGGAUAAGGUACAUUAUAAAACACACAUUAAUACAUUUAAUAAAUAUAUAUUAUCUAUCAAAAA